UUGCUGACGCCGGCCGACGUGGUGUUCGUGUACCUGCUGUGCCGCGAGGCCAUCGACGGCGAUGCCGUGGCCAGCGAGCGUGACCUGCAGGCUGCCCUGCUCACCUGCCUCUACCUGGCUUACUCCUACAUGGGCCACGAGAUCUCCUACCCGCUCAAGCCCUUCCUGGCCGAGGAGGACAAGGAGCGGUUCUGGGCGCGCUGCCUGGGCCUCAUCCAGCGCCUGAGCGGGCCCAUGCUGCGCAUCAACGCCGACCCGCACUUCUUCACGCAGGUCUUCCAGGAGCUCAAGAGCGAGGGCGACGCGGCCGCCCCCCCGGCCAGGGACUCCGCGGAGCGCGGCUGGACUAUCAGCCUGGACCGCUGA